CUGGAGGAGGGGGUGACGGGUCGGCUCAGCACCUCGGAGAGCUCCCUCCCCGGCCUUGUUUGCUCCCGCAUCGCCGCCGGGGGAGGGAGCCUGGGGCCGGGGAUGGCCGUGCGGAGGGCGCGGGGCCCCGGCGGGCAGGGGGCCCAGCCGUGAUCCGGCGCGGAGGCCGGGGUGCCGGGCGGGGCGAGGGGCAGCUGGCAGCGGCGGCAGGGGCUGCACAUCUGGAUGGAAGCGAGCUUUGUCCUGACCGCCAUGGCUCUGGGGCUGUCCUCCAAGAAAGCGUCUUCCCGCAACGUGGCCGUGGAGCGCAGGAACCUGAUCACCGUGUGCAGGUUCUCCGUGAAGACCCUGCUGGAGAAGUACACGGCCGAGCCCAUCGACGACUCGUCCGAGGAGUUUGUGAACUUCGCGGCCAUCUUAGAGCAGAUCCUCAGCCACCGUUUCAAAGCCUGUGCCCCAGCAGGUCCAGUGAGCUGGUUCAGCUCCGACGGGCAGCGGGGCUUCUGGGACUACAUCCGGCUGGCCUGCAGCAAAGUGCCCAACAACUGCGUGAGCAGCAUCGAGAACAUGGAGAACAUCAGCACGGCCCGCGCCAAGGGCCGGGCAUGGAUCCGAGUGGCACUGAUGGAGAAGCGCAUGUCGGAGUACAUCACCACAGCCCUGCGGGACACCCGGACCACCAGGCGUUUCUAUGACUCAGGAGCCAUCAUGCUGAGGGAGGAGGCCACGGUCCUCACGGGGAUGCUGAUCGGACUGAGCGCCAUAGACUUCAGCUUCUGCCUAAAGGGUGAAGUGCUGGAUGGGAAGACCCCCGUGGUCAUCGACUACACGCCCUACCUGAAGUUCACCCAGAGCUACGACUACCUGACGGACGAGGAGGAGCGGCACAGCGCGGAGAGCAGCACCAGCGAGGACAACUCCCCGGAGCACCCGUACCUGCCGCUCGUCACGGACGAGGACAGCUGGUACAGCAAGUGGCACAAGAUGGAGCAGAAGUUCCGCAUCGUCUACGCGCAGAAGGGCUACCUGGAGGAGCUGGUGCGCCUGCGCGAGUCGCAGCUGAAGGACCUGGAGGCGGAGAACCGGCGGCUGCAGCUGCAGCUGGAGGAGGCGGCGGCGCAGAACCAGCGCGAAAAGCGGGAGCUGGAGGGCGUGAUCCUGGAGCUGCAGGAGCAGCUGACAGGUCUGAUCCCUGGCGACCACGCCCCCCUAGUCCAGGGUUCCAAGGAGCUCACCACGUCCCUGGUCAACCAAUGGCCAUCACUGGGAACUCUCCAUGGGGCUGAGGGUGUCAGCAACCCCAAGCUCUACCGGAGACACAGUUUCAUGAGCACGGAGCGGCUGUCAGCUGAAGCCAGUCUGAGCUCGGACUCCCAGCGCCUGGGAGAGGGCAAGCAGGAUGAGGAGCCCUGGGGCCCCAUCGGGAAGGACCCCACGCCCUCCAUGCUGGGCCUCUGCGGCUCCCUGGCCUCCAUCCCCAGCUGCAAGUCCCUCGCGAGCUUCAAAUCCAACGAGUGCCUGGUGAGCGACAGUCCCGAGGGCAGCCCGGCACUGAGCCCCAGCUGAAGUGUGGCUUGUGCCAGCCCCGCCUGCCAGGGCACAGACACCGGCCGCCUUUCCUCAGAGUCCCCCAGUCCAGGCCACGCUGCCCACCCAGCCAGGGGUCUCGGGAACGGAGCCUCUGGCUUCCGGUUCCAGCUUCCUGCCCAGGAAGCCGGUUGGGCAGGAAGUGGGGUCGCCAAGGCCACAGCAAGUCCUUGGGGAAGCUUGUUCCAUCUUCUGGCAACUGAUGCCUGCUGCUCCCUCUGGGACUCUUCUCCACCUUCCCCACCCUCCCUGGGAGCACCUUCAUCUCCCCACCUCCCGUCUGUCCUGUAUUCACUCCCUGGAGUCCCUUCUUCCUCGGCCCCCAGGGCAGGGCUCUGAGGGCAUCAGGCAAAUAAAAACCAGAGGAC